ACGACGGAAUAGCGUGUGGAAAACCGUAAAUUGCAAAGAUGGAAAAUUAGAUAAAAAACUAUAAAAAAUAGAACGCAGUACACGCAGACUUUUAUAUACAAAGGCAUAUCCAAAUUUAUGUGCAGCAAUUAAUUUAGAGACUUUACUUAAAUAAAAACUAAACGGAAUUGUAAAUUUUUUGUUGAAAAAAUCGUAUUUUCUAAUGUUUACUUGCGACCACGCUUAAGUGCGAAUAUGCAUUUUUCCAUAAUAUCGUCGCACAAAUGAUGGGAUGUGGUUCAUCGAUGGACACGAACAGUGUAAUUGAAGAGCCCAUACAGAGCUUGGAUCGUUGGCAGCAAGGCGACAUGGAUCCCGCUGCCGUCAUCGAGGAAUUUGUGCGUUUGGAUGAACGCAUCAGCAAGUUGGAAGCCACUUGUCCGGGGCCGCGUAUGGCCACCGCCGAAGCUUGGGUGGAGCACUUGCAGUCGCAACGCGAUUCUUUGCUCGGUGUUGACACCGUAGAUAUGGCCUUGAACCCACAAAAUAGCGGCUCGUUGCACCAGCAGCAACAGCAGCAACAACAACAACCGUCACAACACCAAUACACACAGCAAAUGAAUAGUGAAAUAUUGACGUUGAAUGAGAUCGAUGCAACAACACCGCCUCCCAUUCACCAACCGCCCUUGCAACCGCUGAACGCUACUGCAGCCACAACAGCGACAUCAAAGGUAAACAAAGGCACAUUACUACGGGGAAAUGGCGCCACAACAAAUGGCGUAGGCGGUGCGGCACGACAAGCUAAUAACAGCAUUGUGGCCAAUACACCCACCCAAGAUUUGGCUAAUUAUAUAUUUUGCCAGCUUGCCACAAACUUGGGUGUUGUUGGCGAUGCAAAUAAGGCUUCCACACAUGAGGACUUCUUCGCGAGCCUCAGUGAAUCUGCGCUUUAUCUAACGUCCAUCCGUUACUAUACCGAAAUACUGGAACACACUAAGGUGCGACUGAAAACGUUAACGGAAAGCUACAACGAAUUAAAUGAACUAUAUGUGCAUCACGACGGCAUUAUAGCCUUUAUCAGUGGCGGUACGUACAUGACACGACUGGAGGAGAGCCUGGACUCGCAACUGGAGGCGGCGCGUGAUGUACGCGAUAAAUUAGGCAGCGCCUUGGAGCAAUGGCGUAUAUGCGGCACUUUGUUGCGCACCAGCGCCACCUCGGCCACACAGGCUUUGCAGCAGUGGCAACAGUUGGCUAAAGCAAUUGAUCCGAAACACAAAAUUCAACUUGCUUUGGAAUGUCGUGCGGCACUGCAGGCCGCUUUGAUAUCGGUGGAGUGUGCGCAAUUGGCGCUGCCACAUGUGGAAAUCAAGCACAUAAGCAAUCGUCAACUGCUGGCAGUUAAGCAUUGCAACACCUACAUGAUUACAGAUAUAGCGAAUCUGGCAAGAUAUCAGCAUACGAGUAAAGUAUUCACCUCCUUUGAGAGUAAUACGUCCAAGGCUUCGAUGUGGUUGUAUGAAAUGUUCAACAAAACUUUGCGGCAUGAUUUCGAUAAAGCCGAGGAAACGGUGCGUCACUUGGCUAAGACUUUAAGAGAUCAUCGCGAAGAGAUUUUCACCGCUGCUCGAAAAUAAUAUCAUCCGCAUGUUCGAAAAUGGCAAUAAUCGCUAGC